AGAAAAGGUAACAGAUAAAGCAUAGGGACAAAACUAGUCUACUAUUUGAGUGUGCUAAGUUUGGUUGGUUCUAUUAUACCUUGCUCUUCUCUUCUCCCCACUUAUAAAUAGACUACCAACAAAGAGAAUUCAUCCCAUAUUAGUCUUUUAAUUCUUUCUUUAUUGAAGUACUAGCUUCUCUUCUGUCAUAAAUAGCCUUCUGUUUUUUGUUUAACAAAGCUGAAAUCUUGAUGGACAUAUCAGGUUCUGGAUGCACUAGUGAGUGUGAAUCUGGAUGGACAAUGUACUUUGAUGAAUUAUCAUAUUCUUCAGAUCAAUUCAAUGGAGUUAAGGGGAGAAGUAUUUAUGAUGGUAGGGGAAGAUCAGCAUAUGUAGAUGAAGAUUUGUCUAUGGUUUCUGAUGCUUCAUCUGGUCCACCACAUAACAAUUUCCAUGAGGAUAAAGAAUUCUGUUGUGAAGAAAAUGGCAGCUUCUUAUAUACUUCUGAGACUGAAAAUACAAAGGAGAAACAGAAAAGGAAAAUGAAAGAGCAGAGUGGAAAAAAACAGAAUCUUUAUCUUGAUGACACUGCUAGUUCUCCUGUAUCAACUUUCCAAAAGGAUAACACGGGUUUUUAUAAUGAUACUACUUACAUGGAGCAAGUAGCAGGCAACUCGGGAACAUAUUCGAAGGGUAACUCUGUUCUGGGGAAACAUUUUGGUUUCUUGAAAACAUCUGUGAAUGGGAAAGCUUCAUCUGAGAAAUCUGGUGUUUUGAAGGGAAGAAAGAGGGGAUGAAAACUGGACAAUUUGUAUAUUUACUUUGUGUCAUUUGCUGCAUUUGAAGAGAAAAUGAUGAUUAGAUUGUGGGGGUAAAUGGAACAAAUAAGUUUUUUUUUUAUAAAGGACAUUAGAUUUUGAGGAUCUUGGAUUUAUCCUCCUUAUCUUUUUUCUUCUUUUUUUUAAUCCUUCUAGUUAUUUGUUCCUGUCUAUGUAGUGGGAAACAACCUCAAAGUAUAAAUUUGAAAACAGAAGAAGAAAAGUCUGUUUGUUUUUUUUUGGAACUUGAAGUUGUACUUUUUUCUCAUCUUUUGAUUUCUGGUGUUCGAUAUGCAUAUUAGAAC